ACCUAGCAUGUUGCGGCUAAGCAGCCAGUUUAUACCUCUAAAUCACUGAUCUAUAUAUAUCAGUGCUUUAAAUACAUGUACGCAACAGUUUCACGUAUUUUAAUGAAAGCACGUCAGUGAACGCUGUAGUUUCCUGGCAACUUGUAAAUUAAUCAAUCGUAAACCAAUUCAGCUUGCUGGGCGAGUGAAUUCAGCAUUUGAACAAUAACAUCUACCUCUGUCAUGGAUCUGCCCUUGGCUCGUAUGUUGAUUUGUUUCAUAUUUUGUUAAUCUGACUACACCUAAACCACGUAAACAUACCUAACCAGACACGUCAGUGCCUGAACACCACCCUUUCAUGGGUAUAUACUGUAACACAACGAGUCGGUGUUCAGAGAAAGGCUUUGAGCUGUCAGAAGAGUUGGAAAAAUGUGGGUUUUUGGUUACGGAUCUUUGAUUUGGAAAGUUGACUUUCCAUACGAGGAGAAACGUGUUGGAUACGUCAGGGGGUUCAGUCGCAGGUUUUGGCAGGGAAGCACCGAUCAUCGAGGGGUUCCAGGAAAGCCUGGGCGAGUGGUGACAUUAAUAGAAGACCCUCAGGGUUGUGUAUGGGGUGUUGCUUAUAAAUUGCCAUUAGGCCGAGAAAAGGAGGUUAAAGAGUAUCUUGACUACAGAGAGAAAGGUGGGUAUGGGGUGAUCACAGUUACAUUUUAUCCAAAAGAAGAACAUGAACCAACGCAGGACACGUUGCUCUACAUUGGAAACUGCGGCAACCCAAAUUACCUUGGCCCGGCGCCUUUGGAGACAAUUGCUCAACAGAUUGUCAAGUCUGUUGGCCCCAGUGGCAAGAAUACAGAGUACCUGUUUGAGCUCGCUGAUGCCCUCCGACAACUAGUACCUGAAGACUUCGAUGAUCAUCUGUUCUCUCUGGAACGCCUCGUGAAGGAGCUGCAAGAGGAGUUGGAGUUGAAGUGAUCUGCUUGUCUACCUUCUAAAGAACUCAGUAAUUUAGUCCUUUUAUCCACUAUGAUGGUUUUUGCACACUAAAAAGGAUUACCAGUACUUGAAAAAGUGUUAGAUACAGUAAGCAGUCCUCAAACUACUGUUGUUCUUUUAAGGUAAUAUUUAAAAUGCCGUCUUUACCAUUUUAAAACAAGCUGGUUUUAUGAUCUUGUGUUAAACAUGAAUCCCAUCAGGAACUGAAUGGACUACAGUAUGUUGCAUAUUGUAUUUUAGAGUUAAGUUUGUCAUAAUCUUUACAUACAUGAAAAUGUAAAUGAAUGGACAGUUCAUAAUUGGAGGAGGGUUUAUUUAACUCAGGGUACUUGCAUGCUAAAUGCCAGAAAGCCAUUUUUUCUUUAAAUUACUUGUUUCAGCACUCACUUAACCCAUUAUUAAGCCAUAGCACUUUAUUAAAAUGGAUAUGAACAGAUGGUGAAUCAUAUAAUACAUUGUUUUUCAUUUCUUUUUUACAUUUGGGGUGAAACUUGAGCAGGAAAUGUUCUUGAUUUCAUGAGAUUCACCCAUAUAAUGAAAAUAAUAAUAAUAAUGACUUUGGUUUAUUAUAAGACCCAGGGGCCAUUUUGAUUAGUUAAAAACAAUAAGUUUAUUGGACUUUUGAGUAAAACAAAGCAAAAAUCUUAAAAAUAAUUUCAUAAAAUAAUUUAAAUCACUGCUGUUUGGGCACUAAGCUAAAGGAUGGUUCUGUUAUGUACACUGCAAAAUGUAGAACAUAACUAACCAGGGAAUAACCUGAAGCCUUCUCUGGCAGUGUGUAUGAUUAACAAAUUGUAAAAAAAAACCUAAUCUCUGUAUUUGGUGUGUGUGAGAUGGAGGAUUCAGUGAGAUUACUCAGCUGCAUGCCAAUAAGAAACAGCUUAAAACAUGGUAGACUACAAACAUGCACACUCACACCAACAUGUAUAUGUAUCUCAUUGCCUUCCAUGACAAGACAGACACUCGUAGGAGACCACUCACACCAACUGGCAUCAAAUUUAAUCGGAUCAGGCUGGUUAUCCCUAGCAGAACUGUCAUCGAUAAAUGCAUAUGUACAGUGUAUAAAUACAUACACACAGGACACACUACAAAACCCUGUUAUGAUGGCAUGUGAGCAGAGUGCUAUGGAACAAUACUAGAUCACAAACUGCUACCUUCAAACACAUAUCACAAUGGUAAAUAAUAAAGGCUCAGUCAAAAUAUAUUCUCGUAUGAGGGUCCUGAUGCAUCUAGCUUUGACCAACACUUAAUUUUUUUGUGUGCCGCAUCAGAUUGUCAUGAAGACUUAAAUAUACUGUUCAGAUUUAGGAUCAAAAGAUCCAAGGAGGCCAAUGAGGUCCAAGUCUAUCACUCAAACAAGAAUUGCAUGCUUAUAGAACUGCUGAAUUGUUUACUGAAAACGAAAUGCUAAAAAAUAAAAACACAGAUAAAAUGUAUAUCCUAGUUGAAUCUACAUUUUUUUUUUCCAUCAAAUUUGGUGUCUGCACAUUCCUUGAAAUUAUUUGAAAUAGUUGGGAGGUGGAAAAUAGUACAAUUCUUUAUCAAAUGGAUUCAGUUUUUUGGCUUUAGGAGAGCCUAUUUUCAGAAGCUCAUUUCAGACAGCAUUAUGGGGGAAAAGAGGUGUGAGUCUUGAUGGGGGGGCAAUCCACAGGCAUUCAGUCCUUCAUCACACGGUCCAUAUCAACACAGGAUUAAAGACAAGAAAAAAAAAAUCUGUACAAUAAUAUUACAGACUGCAGGCAAUACAUCCCUGCACUGGUAAACCUUAAAUAUUAAGUAUAAUUCAAAUGCAAAAAUAUGGGCCAAAUAUAUACAUACAAAUAGUACGUACAUAGUAUAUUUAUAGGUCAUUAAUCACUCAUCCCACAUCUCUGUACUCCAAACGAUUCCUACAUGCCUCUUGGGUCUGGGUUCGGGAGCUCUGCUGUAGAUGCUGUUGCCUGAGCUGAACAGAGCAUCUUUGUUCCUCUCAUCCUCCCAUGACAUCCUCAUGAAUGCAUUACAUUCUAUUUGCUUGAUUAUAAAUUAAACUAAAACCUGCAGCA